AUGUCUCGACGUGGCAUUCAGCUCCUAGGUGUGGCCGCCGCUGGUGGUGUCGGUUACUACCUCUACAAUGCUGGCGGAGAUCCGAAGGUAGCACAGAAGAAGAUGGAAGCCGACGCUUCGAAAGCUAGCGCAAAAUUCAAGGACGAGAUCCCGGGCCGUACAAAGGAAGCCGAGAAGAAAGCCGAGACUCUUUCACAGCAAGCAUCAAGCCAGCUAGACAAAGCUAGCAAAGACACCAAGAGCGCUCUUAGCGACGCCGAAGCCCGAGCCAAGGAGUACAAGGAAAAGACCGGAAAAGAGCUCAACACCGCCAUUGACAAGUUCGACAAGACGGUGGAAGACAAGGCAGCUCAGGCCAAGAGUGGCAUUAGCAGCUGGUUCGGCGGGAAGUAA